AGCCUUGCGAGCUGGAGAGAUAGACCCCGCAGCUGAACGCUGCCUAAUCCCGCUUUUGAUGACCUACUAACCUACAGCACUGAUAUACUACACAGGAGAUUUCACGCAAUCGCACAAGACUAUUUAACUUGUAGGGGUAUAUAGCCUGGGCUGAAGACAGACACGCGACACCACACCGCAGAGCAACGCAAUAAUCGCGUUCUUUCGCGCCUUUCACUGAGACGACCUCUCACGCCAACCCCGAGUCCACAUCACCACCAUGUCCCCGCCCUCCAUAGCCAGCGCAUUCAUCUCCCUCCAACCCCUCGAACCCGUCCUCGUCUUCUUUAACGAGGGGGACGCCAGCCUCUUCCAGUCACGCUGCAAACAGGGCCGGAUACUUCCCAGCUCACGGCAAAACUGGGUAUACCUACCUAUGCCGGAAGGCUUGCUACGAGUGCGAACCGCGAGGAAGGGCGACGUAGCGUUCGAUUUUGACAGCGAUAAGAAUGCGAAUGAAUUUAAUAAGGGAAUCAAGAGUUUGGGGACGAUUUAUGCGAGUCCAAGAGGAGAUCAUGGGUGGGAGAGGGUCGUGUAUUUGGGUAAGGAGAAG